AUGGCGUUUAUACGACCAAAGGAGAUCCAGGAUUACGUCAUUCCAUGGCUGAGAGAAGUGCAAGCACAGAGCGAAAAAGCGGCGACACCACGUCGCGAAGUGGACGAUGCAAGACCGCCCAAGAAGAUGAAGCGCGCACACGAUCUAGUAAAACCUGACGGUACCAUUCCCAUGGACAUUCCAGUUGCACUUGAGGAUAAAAUCCAUCUCUACAACGCUAUGCUGCAGCUAGGCCUGCCCAAGUUCGUGCAACUGCCACUCAUCGACAAAAUCAUGAUAUGGAUAAGUCUGGCGAAAAAGCGCCAGAAGAAGCGCAGGGUGCUGUUACUCAAUCGGGAGAAGAACCACCAGCACCAGCACUAG